UGGAGAGUCACCCAGGCUGGGGGAGAAGUUAAACCAGAGGAGGGGCAGGAAUGUCUGAGGUGGCAACACAUCCCAGGCAGCUCUAGCUGGUCUGGAGCGUGUCCACCCGCAGGCCACAGAGUCUGGAUGAGGAACUUGGGGCACGUGACUCACCCCAGGCCAUUUAGCCUGGAAGAGCAGGGGCCAGGUUUUCUGACCUGCAGGCCAGUCUUCAAUUCCCAACCUAGUGAUGAUUUGUGAGACUCGAGAGUUAUGUCUUUACGAGUAUGUGACCUUAGGGCUGGGGGGGCUCCUGCUCCUGGUUUUGGUCAUUCUGUCCAUCUGCCUGUGUCGGCUUCGUGUGAGAGUGAAGAGGCUGGAGAGGAGCUGGUCCCAGCUCCCAGAACAGGAGCUCCACUACGCAUCCCUGCUGAGGCUGCCAGAGCGGGAGGGACCUGACCUCCGCAACCAAGAAAGGGAAGACAGAAAGGAGGACCUCAGCACUGACUACGCCUGCAUUGUCUAGAACAAACCCACCUGAGCACCCCCAGAUGCCUCCCCCACCGCAGGCGGGUGGUCAGGGCCGCCCUGAGUUUCACCCAGUAAAGACCAUGAUCUCACA